GCGAGGAAGGAGGGAACGAGGAGGAUGUGAGGGCGCGUGAUGGGGACAUGGACUGUCUCUGCAUCGUCACCACCAAGAAGUACCGUUACCAUGACGAUGAGACACCGCCCCUUGACCCCAGCCCCGGUCACAUGACGCACGGACGCAGCUCAGACCACACCCCCCACACACGACUCGACGGAUACGCACACCCGCCCCUCACUAUGAACGGGUCUGACGGAGAACUGGAGUACGAGGAGAUCACACUGGAACGGGGGAACUCGGGCUUGGGCUUCUCCAUCGCAGGAGGGACAGAUAAUCCUCACAUCGGAGACGACCCCAGUAUCUUCAUCACCAAAAUCAUCCCAGGAGGAGCCGCCAGCCAGGACGGCAGACUGAGGGUGAACGACUCGAUCGUGUUCGUGAAUGACGUGGACGUGCGUGAGGUCACACACUCCGUUGCCGUGGAAGCGCUGAAAGAGGCGGGGCCAGUGGUGCGACUGUACGUGCUGCGCCGGCGCCCCCCUCAGGAGCGCGCCACACAGAUCAAGCUCUUCAAAGGACCCAAAGGGCUGGGCUUCAGUAUUGCUGGGGGAGUGGGGAAUCAGCAUGUUCCUGGAGACAACAGCAUCUACGUGACCAAGAUCAUCGAGGGCGGAGCCGCGCACCGCGAUGGACGACUCUGCAUCGGGGACAAGAUCCUGGCCGUAAACCACAUGUGUCUAGAGGACGUCCUUCACGAAGACGCCGUGGCGGCUCUGAAAAACACUGGAGACGUGGUCUACCUGAAGGUGGCGCCGUCACACUUCUCCCAGCCCCAAGAGAGAUACAGCCCCCCCGACAUCAGCUCAUACAUGGAGCCAGAGUACAUGUGUGAGUACCCGGCGGCCCUCCCUCCCCCCUCGCCCCCGCGCAGGUACUCACCCGUGUCCCGGUGCAUGAUGGGAGACGAGCCGCGGCGUGUGGUGGUGCAGCGCGGCUCGUCGGGACUCGGCUUCAACAUCGUGGGCGGAGAAGACGGGGAGGGCAUCUUUAUCUCGUUCAUCUUGUCGGGGGGACCAGCCGACCUCAGCGGAGAACUACGGAAGGGCGACCAGAUCCUGUCUGUGAACGGUGUGGACCUCAGAUAUGCCACUCAUGAACAGGCGGCUGCAGCUCUGAAGAACGCCGGGCAGACGGUCACCAUCCUCGCCCAGUACAGACCCGAAGAGUACAGUCGUUUUGAGGCAAAGAUCCAUGACCUGAGGGAGCAGAUGAUGAACAGCUCUGGGAGUCUGAGGAGCCCACGCUCCUUCUACAUCAGGGCGCUCUUUGACUAUGAUAAACAGUGGGAUUGCGGCGUUCUGUCUCAGGCCUUGGACUUUAACUUUGGGGAGGUUCUUCAUGUGGUCGACUCCAGUGAUGACGAGUGGUGGCAGGCGCGACGACUCACCCAGCAGGGGGAGCUAGAGGAGCUGGGCUACGUGCCGUCCAAGCACAGAGUCGAGCGUAAAGAGUGGGCCCGUAUGAAGACCAAAGGUCGAGAAGGUUUUGUCCACAGCUACGAACUCGUCACCCAGAUCGAAGUGGAUUACGCUCGUCCUGUUAUAAUCCUUGGUCCCACCAAAGACCGGAUCAACGACGACCUUUUGUCCGAGUUCCCUGACAAGUUCGGCUCCUGCGUCCCCCACACGACGCGUCCGAGACGGGACUACGAGAUCGAUGGGCGGGACUACCACUUUGUGUCGUCACGGGAACAGAUGGAGCGUGACAUCCAAUCACAUCGCUUCAUAGAGGCGGGGCAAUACAACAGUCACCUGUACGGAACCAGCGUGCAGAGCGUGAGACAGGUCGCCGAGCAGGGGAAACACUGUAUCCUGGACGUUUCUGCCAACGCCGUCCGACGCCUGCAGGUGGCGCAGCUGCACCCCAUCGCCAUCUUCAUCCGACCGCGCUCCCUCGAGAACAUCCUAGAUCUGAACAAACGUUUGUCUGAGGAUCAGGCUCGAAAAGCUCUGGACCGAGCUCUGAAACUGGAGCAGGACUUUCUCCAGUGCUUCACCGCGGUCGUGGGCGGGGACAGUUUCGAGGAGGUGUAUCAUCACGUGAAGGUGGUGAUCGAGGAGCAGAGCGGACCCUACAUCUGGGUGCCUCAGCGAGAGCGCCUCUAACGUCACCCGACGAGUACCCCAAAAAACACCCAAUGAUUACCCCAGAAACACCCGACGAGUUCCCCAGAAACACCUGACGAGAACCCCAAAAACACCUGAUGAGUACCUGAGAAACACCCAACAAGAGCGCCUCUAACACUCCCCAACGAGUACCCCUA